AUGACUGAUGCUGAAAAGAGUGUCAAGAAUCUGGUUACAGAGACUAACCUUAGGUUAGUUGGCCUCUGGGCCCCUCAACCGGACACGAGGGGGCCCUCAGCAGGGAGUGCCUGCACCAAGGAGGAACCCAAGCAGCAACCUCCAGUGUCACCUCCACGGAGGAGACCGACUUGGGUCACAAUCGGGGAACCUGCUGGCACUCCUCAAGCAGAGAGGCCCUCGGCCCCCUUGGGGAAAGGGAAGAAGAAGGCCAUCGAGCUUGUCGACCUCUCUGACGAUUCGUCAGAUGACAAUGACAUGGACUCUGCUAAUGCGUUCGACCUCUACAGCGCUCCAGAGGCUGCUGCAGUUCCCCCGAGCAAGAAGAAAACUAGCAAGAGGCAUCAAGGGGAGAGCAGCAAAGCACCCCAGGCAAAGAAGGCUCGGAACACAGGCCCUUCGGAGGAUAUGCCCUCUGCCACCACGACUCCACCUUCUCCCCACGAGCAGCAGACUCCAUCUGCUAUGGCCGGGCCAACUCCUCCUCCUGCGGCACUGACCGACCAACCUCAGCAGGUUGACCCUACCUAA